GAGAAUAACAACCCAUAAUUGUAGUGUUUUCUAGAAUCCAGCUCUGCAUGCACCGCUGCACUGACCAGGUGGAGACAUUCUGAAAUACCGCUGCAUAAGUUCAUUCUGUCCAACAAAUGAAAGUAAGCUUACCAGUGGAUUACAGCUUCAUUUCACAUAAUUGACCAGGGUAAGGACAAAAAAGCUUACGCUUAACUAUGGCAAACAAACGGAAACUCUUCACAUCAGAUAUGGGGACGGAUUCUGGUUUCUCAGAUGCCAGCUCUGAGUAUCUCAGUGUUGUGGACCAGGCAGAGUAUAAGGACAUGCUGUUCAGCUCAUCAGCGCAGUCACGCCAAGGUGUCUCAUCCAUGUUUCUAAUGAACCAUGUACUUCUCCAGCAGUCUAAUUCUACAACUCCAACCUUAAAGCCUCGGGGUUAUAAAUCAUCACAGGAAGUGGUUCCUCAGUCCCCUCUGGUUCUUUUCCAGCCUGUCAUACAUGGUGGCGACUGUACCUAUCAACCUCCUACCACGGGGCAGUUUGAAAAUGUUUCCCUAAACUCAUUUUCAAACAUUGCUUCUCAUGGGGGCACUGAAGACCGUAAACACAGCUAUGGUGGAAGGCAUCGGCGGCACUGUCAUGAUGAUAAGAGGAACAUCUCUAAAUCCUCCCCUACCAGCCACAAUUCUGCUGAACCUGAUCAUUUCAAACACAGUACUGGAAACGUGGAUUUAGAAAAUUUCUCAACACACGUUUCCGCUCUACAGACGCCUGGUUUCACAAGCACAGAGUUCUCUCUCAGCUCUAAUAGUUAUCCUUCUACGUACCUAGAGGAUGCAAAACAAGACUUUGCUUACAGCGAAGAUGCUGAGAACUUUCCAGAAGCUCUCUCUCCAAGCCCAAGUAAACGCCAGCGCUUCUGCAACACAUACAACAUUCUAAACCAGUCCGGGUUACUAGGGAUCACACUUCGUACUAAGGAACUCAUCCGACAGAACAAACGUUCCCAGACUCAGCUUCAGAAACUGCACGCCCAUACCGACCUCUUUCUAGAGGCGUUAAGAAGCAAAGACCCCCAGGUGUGGACCAAACUGCAGCUGACAUUCAAGAACAAUACCUCUGAGGAGUAAGACAUGGCUGCAGAUGCAGUGUGUUGCAUACACAUUGUCCUAAAAGUGUGUACAGGGGACUCCCAUUUAAGAAAUACAGCUAAACAUAAACUUUUAUCUUUAGCAAAACACAUUCCUAUUUUUUCACAUAGUAAAGUUGCACAAAAAGGGAGCAUUUAAAAAGUUGAGUCACAUUAUGACCACCAGCUAAUAUCCGUGUGCGGCACAGACAGCAGCUAGAUGGUCUGGAAGUCACUCAGUAAGGUCCUGCUAGGUUGUCACAGGUAUCUGGAGCCAUGCUGAUUGCAGUGCAUCCCACAGCUGCUGAAGGGUGCAUGGGGGAGGUUCCAUAGAGUGUACACGACAAUCAAGGUGGUCCCACAGAUGCUCAACUGAGUUCAAGUCUGGGGAAUUAAGGGAACCAGAAUAGUACUUGGAAGUCUUGGUCAUGCUCUUCCAACCAAUGUUGACAUGUCGCAUUGUCUUGCUGGAAGAUCCCAUUCACCCCAGGGAAGACAGUUUUACCCAUGGUACUUUUACCCAUGACAGCAACAAAGGAUAUAUGUGCAGACAGCCAAUUGCACACCUUAUAUACCCACCAAGCCAGCUCACAAAACAUGACUUCCUUCAUGAGCUACAUGCUGCAGCCGUCGAAAGUAGGAAGUGGUCAUAAUAAUGUGACUCGAGCGCCCAGGUGGCGCCAUCUAGCCUGCAGCAGAUACUAAUUGGCCACCGUAUCUGCAGGGUGGGGGCUGGACUAUGUGGGUGGGUCUUCAUACGCUGUGUAAGGACCCUGAUUGGUGGAAGAGACGCCUGUGCAGAAUGCAUGGGCGAGAAGAGGAGGGCUGUACACGUGUCAGAAGAGGCGUGUACAGUGACGUGCUCUCCUCGGAUGCAAUCUGGUAUCUCUGGUAGCAGCGGAGGACAAAAUUGAGUGCGCUAAAUCGGGAGAAAAUGCAUUAAAAAAAAAAUAUUAAUAAUGUGACUCGACUGUUUAUAUAGGGAGCUUUUUGGCUACUACUACUAGUAGCUGCAGGUAAAUCAUAUUUAUUAUAUUUACUUUGUGCAAACUACUUCUGAGAUUUUUUUCCCGUACUUAUGGUGCUUCUACUCUAGAUAAAGAUGCAACAGCCGCUCCUACUAUCUGGUUGAGGUAACCGCAUGAACCAUGGAAAAAUACUGUAGGAGUAAUGAAAUUCCCGGUAUGUGCUGAGGCUCGCAGUAAGAACAUGGGGAAAAUUGAGUAUAUGCAAACUGGGACAGUGCAAAAAAGGAACAAAAGCCGAACAAAACUGCAACUCUGCCUAACUAUACAUCUCCGCUGUUGAUUGCUGUCUUGUGUAUACUUAGGUUAAUGAUGUUGGAUUUGAAAUGGUUGGAUGUUGCUUUUAUAUGGUCACCUGAGCAUGGAUCUAAUGUGAAAAAUAAAUGACAAACAUAAUUUU